GCGUACAACAGUUCUCUCUACAAAAUAAAAUAAUUUACAAAUUUAAUAAGUAUUUCUGUUAACUGAUUUAUAUAUUUUGACUAAGUUAACUGGGAGAAUGGAGACUGAAGAACCAGUUGAAAUAAACACAGAUGAGCUUACUGAGAAGGUUUCCAAAAGAAGGAAAUUUGAACCUCCUAUACUCCAUGCGAGUCUUACUCCUGCUUGUGUUGUGGGAACAUACAGAUUGAUAACUAGAUAUUGUGAAUUAAAUGAUACCAAACCAUUUCAUAGCUUCGAUGGAAUACCUACAGGUGCGAUUUUGUCUGUUUUCAUAAAGACAAUAUUAUAUAAUCCAUAUGACCGUAUAAGAGGUUCGAAAUAUCAUUUUAUAUAUUUUGCUCGAUUCGGAAAAAUAAGCGUGACUGCAGUGUCAUUAAUCGCUCUGUUGAUAUUCUUCUGCACGACCGACGAGGACUUCACAGAAAUAUGUGGAUGGGAAUGUCCCGGACGACAGUUUAUAUAUUGGACAGCAUUUAGUUAUGGUGCUGGAUUUGUUUUAGUAGAAGUGCUGUGUUGGGUGGGUUAUAAAAUCGAAGUAUUGUACUAUUCAAUGUUCUUGCAUAUUGCGAAUUAUUUGGAAUCCCUGCAAGGUCAACCGGAGACUUCAACUUCUUCGAUUAUAAUCAGAAAACUCACAAAUGCACUUAUUUUAUAUGAUCGUUACUGUUUAUAUUAUAGAUCUUUGCGAAAUAAGUUACUUAGAAAAUUAUUUCUAUAAAAACUCAGUGUAUUCCAUUCACCAAGUACAAUAAAUAUAAUUUUAAACCUAGUGAUUAAUGAUUUAAAAUGUUG